AAAAAUUUAUUCAAUUGUAUCGAUAUAAAACUCAAAUAAAUAAAAUUUAAUUGUUUACUACGUUUUUAUAUUUGUACCUAAAAAAUGACAAGAUAUUUAAUAAUUUUCGCUUUGAUAUUGAACAUUUGGGCCAUAAGCUCUUAUGGAACUGAUGAAGAAUAUGCCCCGAUUGUUCAUCUUCGACAUGGAAAAGUUCGUGGAAUUGUUCGAUCUGUUGGUGAUAAAAAAAUUUAUCUUUAUGAAGGAUUUCGAUUCGGUGAUACCAAUCGUUUCGAAAAGUCUACGAUGAUAACAUCAUGGCCUGAUGACGUUUACAAUGCGACAAAAUUAGGAAAUUCAUGUGUACAAUUUAUGAAUCAAUUUGUCCUAGAAAAUGUAACUUAUGAAAGUGAAGAUUGUCUUUUUUUGAAUGUUUAUAAACCGGUCACAAAAAAUGAAAAAUUACUGCCUGUAAUGGUUUGGAUUUAUGGUGGAGGUUUUCAAGGUGGUUCAAUAUUUCUCUCAUUCUAUGAUAGCUCUUAUUUGGCAUCGUUUGGUGAAGUUAUUGUUGUUGCCAUUAACUAUCGUCUUGGACCAUUUGGAUUUUUAUACGGUGAUGGUAAAAAUGCCCCAGGUAAUCUAGGCUUUCAUGAUCAACUUUUAGGAUUAAAAUGGGUUCAAGAAAAUAUCGAAAAUUUCGGUGGUGAUCCUAAUAAAGUUACCAUUUUUGGAGAAUCUGCCGGAUCGAUGUCUGUGUCAGCAUUAGUUCAAUCUCCAUUAGCUAAAGGUCUAUUCCAUAGAGCUAUCAUGCAAUCCGGUGCUGGAUAUUUAUCCUAUCCACUUUUGCGUGAUAAUAAACAAUUGGCUUUGGAAAAAACAAAAAGACUUUCGGAAAAAUUGAAUUGUAAAAAUGAAAACAUUAAACACUUGUUAGCCUGUUUGAAAAUGAAAACAAUAGAAGAAAUCAAAAAUGCUGCUUUAGGUGAUGGAAAAGAAAUGAUGGCAAACGAAUUGUUUCAACCAAUCAUUGGUGAUGAUGUUUUACCCUAUGAUAUUGUCCAAUUCAAAAAUGAUUCGAAUCAUGUCGACUUACUUUAUGGCAUUACUCAUGACGAAGGAGGAAUGAUGGUCCUUAUGUCUUUUCCAGAAUUGAUGGAUGAUAAAACGAUACUGACAAUGAAACAAGUUCAUGAGAAAAUAUCAGGCAUGCUCAUUCAAAUGAAUAUGACAAAUUAUUCAAAUGAAAUCAUUCAUCAUUACACAAAUAAUUUGGAUGCUUCUAAUAUCAAGGAAGUUCGGAAAAUGUUUGUAAAGUUGUUUACCGAUUUCACCUUGGGAUGUCCAACAAUGUUAUUCGGCCAAAGAAUAGCUCAGAUAUCAGAAAAAGUUAACAACUUUUACUCAUAUCGAUUGGAUCGAAGAGGAGUGGCUGCUAUUCCGAUGGGAUGUACUUUUGAAUGGCUGGGUGUAUGCCAUGGAGCUGAUAUACCAUACGUGUUUCAUAAUUCAAUGUUGAAAAAUUCAUCCAAAGAUGUUCAAUUAAGCAAUGAUAUGAUAAAAGCAUGGACAAAUUUUGCUAAAACUGGUCAUCCAGGUACAAUGGGAUCAAUUGAAUGGCGACAAGUUUAUGAAAAUGGACAAAAAUCUUCCGCAUCAACUAUGCUAUUAGAUGUCGAAUAUAAAAUGGUUGAUGAUAUAUUCAAAGAAACUUGUGAUGGAAUAUGGGAAAAAAUAUUCGAAUCCUACAAAUAAUUAUUUGUCUUUUUGACUGGAAUUUUUUUUUCAAAUCAAAAAGUUUUAAUUAAAUAAAAAUGGUUAUUAUAUUUGAACCGUGA